AGUUCAGUGUAACGAUUUGUUUUUUAACAUAUAAAAUAUUCUUAAAUAUUGUAUAAACAUGAUAUCAAAGAGUAUUUAUAUACUUGUAUUAUGUUCAUUUUUCAGCUUCAUACACGCUUGGAAAGCCCAUAGUAUAAAUAAUGGAGAAGAGGGUACUGCUGCCAUGACACAAAACACGUAUUCUAAUGGAUGGCAGAUGUGGCAGCUCCCAGCUUGGGAUUGGCUUGGCAACAUCUUUCAGUUGGGAAACGGAGUGGGAUUCGAAAAUAAGGCAAUAAUCAAUAUGGGAAACGAUUUUUAUACUUCAAGAGUUCUUAACCACUAUUUAAAAAUGAUCGCUACUAGAGAUAUAGGUAUUAAGAUGAUGACGUCGUAG